CAGAAACGGAAGAUCAUUCCAUCGACAAAACCAUCUCUAUUUCCCCCAAAAAAAAAAGUCCCCAAAAUCUAAUUUUCACCUUCAACAAUUAAUUAAUAAAUAAAUAAAGGAACCACCUCUAAAUCCUCUCUCCAAAAAAUAAUCAAAACUCCUCAAUAUGGCCUUUCACGUAGCUUGCCCAAUUACAUGUCGCCGAAUUUGUUUUUGCUCCCUAGGGUUUCCGCGAGAUCUCCACUCUACGAAACCAAAGGCCGACUUCCUGUUCGAUGUAGCGAGAAUCGAUGAGUUUUUGAAGGAUCCUUUGGGAAUUAGGGCUUCCAGGGAAGGAACUGUCCUGGUUUCCGUUCCUAAGGUUGUGCCUGUGCCGGCUCAGAUUCCCCCGACGCAUUCGCUAGAGGUCGUUUCGGCGAGAGAUAGAGAAGGUGAUGGUGGUGUGGGGGAGGAGGCUUUUUCAACGCAGACUAAGCGCGUGGCUAUUCAAAGGCAGGCUGCUGCUGCUAAGGCAUCUGCGGAGUAUUAUGCUAAGGUCGAGUCUGGUGAUACCGUUGCCUCAAAAGAUACUCCUGGAGAAGAUGCGGGUCCAUUAUGUCAGAUAUGCUUUGUGGGUGAAACAGGGGGGAGUGAGAGAGCGAGGAAGAUGCUCCCAUGCAAAAGUUGUGGCAAGAAGUACCACAGGAGCUGUUUGAAAACUUGGGCUCGGCAUAGAGAUUUAUUUCACUGGAGUUCGUGGACCUGUCCAUCUUGCCAAACUUGCGAGGUAUGCCGAAAGACUGGAGAUCCAAAUAAGUUUGUGUUUUGCAAAAGGUGUGAUGGUGCUUACCACUGUUACUGCCAGCAUCCUCCACACAAGAAUGUCAGCUCUGGACCAUACUUGUGCCCCAAACAUACAAGGUGUCACAGCUGUGGAUCUUCUGUCCCAGGAAAUGGACUAAGUGUGAGGUGGUUUCUGGGAUACACGUGCUGUGAUGCUUGUGGAAGAUUAUUUGUGAAGGGAAAUUAUUGCCCUGUUUGCUUGAAGGUUUAUAGAGAUUCAGAAUCAACUCCAAUGGUUUGCUGUGAUAUAUGCCAGCGAUGGGUGCACUGUCAUUGUGAUGGCAUAAGUGAUGAAAAAUAUCUUCAGUUUCAAGUAGACGGAAACCUCCAGUACCAAUGUGCUACAUGUCGUGGAGAAUGCUAUCAGGUAAAGGAUCUUGAAGAUGCUAUUCAAGAGCUGUGGAGGCGACGAGAUAAGGCUGAUCGAGGUUUAAUUGCAAGCUUGAGAGCCGCUGCUGGGUUGCCAGCCCAAGAAGACAUAUUUUCUAUCUCUCCUUAUUCAGAUGGUGAUGGAAAUGGUCCGGAGGCACUAAGGAAUGAUUUUGGGCAUUCUAUAAAACCCUCUCUCAAAGGGAUAGUCAGCAAGUCACCAAAGAAGAGCAAGGAUCAUGGAAAGAAACUUUGGAAUAAAAAAUAUUCCAAUAAAAAAGAUUCUUAUGCUGCUUCAAUUAGUAAGACUGUACCACUUCAGCAGGACAUUCAUUCUUGUGUACAUGAUUUGGAUGAUUACAAGAAUGAUGACACAGAGUCUCAAGCAAAAGGAGGAUUGGGUAGAUGUUCUUCUCCUGUUCCUGGAAUUGUGAAUCACACUGAAGGGACUUGCUCUAUCUAUCAGCCAGGUGGUUUGAAACACAAGUAUGUUAACGAGGUGAUGGUGAGCGAUGGAGAAAGGACAUCCAAAGUUGUUAAAAUCAAGAGUAAUAAGCCUCGUGAUUUGGAUAGUGGGUAUGAUACUGAAAAACAUGCUGGCAAGUCGAAGUCUGUUAAGGCAAAGAAAUUAGUAAUAAAUUUAGGGGCACGCAAAAUAAACAUCACUAGUCCAAAAUCUGAUGCUCAAAGCUGCCAAGGCGAACAAGAUUGGAAGGCUUCCAAUGAUGCAGUUGAUCACACGGGGAAAACAAAAGGCUUGAUUAAGUUUGCAAGGAGAGAAGGGAAUUUGAUUAAGUUUGGAAAAGUAAAAGCUGAAGCUUCAAACUUCAGUCCCAAAUCUGAUGGAGGGAGUCAUGCUGAUGGAUAUGAAACCGUUCCCCUAGAUUAUGCUCGUGUUUCAUCAGCUAAAAAGAGCCUUGAAGGAAGCAGGGCGGCAGUGGGACCUGCAGGUGAAGUCACUAAAUUAAGAAGUGACAAAUUAUCUGUGGGAAAGCAAUCAGAGGUCAGGGCUGAUACGCAUACAGAAAGCAAUGAUGAAUCUGGUGACACUCCUAUAUUGCAAUCAUUACAAAAGGAUUCAAAAUUUUCUUUGAAGCUAAAGAUUAAGAAACCUAAUUUUGAAAAUCAGAGUUCUCUGAUUCCUCUUCGUGAAGAAGAAAAGAGUAACAUAAGGGGCCAAAGGUCAAAAAGGAAGAGAUCUUUGAACUUCAUGGAGAAAACGAUGUAUAAUGAAGAUGAAGGUAUGUCACAAUCACAUCUAGACAGUGAAAUGAUGGAGGCUAAUUGGAUAUUGAAAAAAUUGGGUUAUGAUGCUAUUGGAAAGAGAGUUGAAGUUCAUCAGCCAUCUGACAAUUCAUGGCACAAGGGAGUUGUCUCUGACAUUGUUGAAGACACAUCAAUGUUAUCUAUUACUCUAGAUGAUGAUAGAGUAAAGACCUUGGAACUUGGGAAGCAAGCAGUUCGCUUUGUUUCUCAAAAGCAAAAGAGGUCAAAAACAUGAAAGCUGAACUUAUUAUCAAAUAUUGACAAUUGCAUCUGGACUCCAGAUACUCGUCCCAUUUUAUAGUUGAAGAGGUAGUGCCCAUUCCUAAGGGCCACAGAGAAAUCAGUUGCGUAUAUGGCCUGGUGAUCUUUCAUCGGAGCAUUGUUUGCUAUGGUGCUUUUAGCAUUUAUGUGAAAUUCUUUUGUACAACUAGUGAUUAUUUUGACGGAGGGCUAUCCCUCCAGCCCCCCAUACCCCUCUCUUCAUGUGCUCAAAUGUAGCUUGCUUCCCAGUGUUUGGAACCCUGUAUCUAGCUAGGCUUCUAGAAUAACUUUGCUGGUUGAUAAUCAGUACAUGUGCGUAGGAAGUUGCGUUGCCCUUGUUAAUUGUAGUUUAGUUUACAAAGCUCCGGAACCUCUGCUUCUUCUUUUUUUUCAAAUUUAAUUUAAUAUAUGGGUGCAUGUGUAUUAUGAAA